AUGUUAAACGAAUUAAUCCAGCUAUUUUGCAGCAAUGGGACUCAUUCCAGUGAGUUGUUUUACAAUGCGACGUUGCAAUUAAAUGAAUUCUUGGAUAAGAAGGAGAUAGUGCGCUGUUUUGCGAGAGUGUCAGAGAACCUUGGAGAUCAAUUGCCAAAUCUGAGGAAGGCAUCCCAUCAGCUUUUUCAGGCGUAUAUUCGUGCAAAUGAGAGUUUCGAUGCUGUCCUAUCGGCGAUGCUAAGCAGAGGACUGGUGCAUCCGAAUUGGUUGGUGAGAUAGAAGAAUGUGAAUUCGUUGCAGUCGUUGUUUUUGUCGGAGGGAUAGCACUUGGAGGCAGGCAGCGGAGUGGUCAAGAAUAUGGUGGAGAUGUUGUUAGAGAAGUUGUGUGAUUGUAAUUUAGCAGUUUGUAAGGCUACGGAAUAGACUCUGAUAUCCUUAAUAAGUUUGAAUUAAUAUAAGCAAUGUCAUGCUCAGUUGCCUAUGGGGGUUCAAUCUCAAGUGGAGCAUUUUGCAGAGCAGAUGAAGGAAACCAAUCAGAUAAGACACGAGUUGAGAUUGCGAGAGCCCACCUCCAAUGGAUUGCCAUUUGACAAGUUGGAAGACUUGAAGGAUACAUAGUGGUAGAUGAGAGCUGAGGCCAUACAAAGAAUAUAUGAGGAACUUUAAGAUGUGGUCUUGACUCCAUUGCAAGUGGAGGUCUUGUUUGAGCAUAUUGUAAAUUUAGUGAAUGAUCAUAACUUCAAUAUAGUGUUAACUACUCUAUAGAUUAUGCAAAGAUGUUUGUAGUUCAACAUAGUGAAGAGUAGCAACAUAGUUAAUAUAUACACUAAGCUAGGGGAUUCAAAGUCAGCAAUCAGAACUGCUGUCAGAUAAGUGUUGGUCAUGUAUUUGUAGAAAAUUGGGGAUGCUGAAUUACUGAUUCAAAUCUUGUAAUGGCCCAACAAGAAUUCUUUCUACAAAGAAGAGUUCUUGGAUCUCCUCAUUGACUUGGUCCAAAGAAAUAAGAUGCUGCUUUCACAAUACCUCGAGUUGGCCAUCAAAGAAGUGGCUCCUUUCCUCGAGGACCAGAAACAGAAACUGCGUUCUAAAGCCAUCGAAACCCUUACUCAGUUGGCCACAAUCAAUCAGCCUCUGACCAAGCGAGUGUUCUCACAACUCGGCAUCACUGAAGAUCUCUUCAACCAAAUCGAUGUCAGUACUGCCUCCUCCAACAAGUCCGAUCUCCCCCAAUUGCGAUUCAAAAAAGAACAAAGGGAACAGAGAGACCCAAAGGAACAAUACACUCAAUCUUUGCCUGAACCCAAGAAUCUGUAAUAAUUUGAUAUACCCAUCUUCCAAUCACAAUAACAAGGAUACGUGCCCACCAUCAUCUCCCAACCCUAAAAACAACAAAGGAGUGCCCAAAAACCAGAAUCUCACCCUCAAUCUUCCAGUGUCGAAUUCAGACACGUUCAACAACAACAGGAGUACAACCAACCUCCAGCCACUCAACAAAGCAAACCCUUCAGAAUAGUUAAAAAUCCCCAACAAGACAUCCCAGAUCAAGACACCGGUCUCACCUACACCAAACCCUUCCAAAGGAAACCCAAGACUGAAGCCGAUAAAACAUUCUAACCCAUCUAUUUGGAUUCCGUCCUCCCUUUGGAUCAACCUGAAUCUGUCCUAAAGACCCUAUUGAAUGAACUCAGAUACGACGAUUGGAUUAGAUAGUUUGAAGCCCUCAACAAUCUAAGAAGGUUGGCCAAACACAAUACUGAAUUACUCAAAAAAUCCAUUAAUUUUCCACAAAUUCUGCAAGAAAUGGUCAAACAAAUCGAAAACCUAAGGAGUGGAGUCUCCAAAAAUGCUUUGAUUUCUCUCUAGGAACUUAGUGAUAUCUACAAGAAAGACUUAGAUUGCAUUAUGGAUCAAGCACUUCAGAAACUCAUCAAAAAGGCUAUUGAUCUCAACGCAUUCAUAAGCGAUGAAGUCAGAAAAGCCACAAUUUCAUUACUGCAAAACUGUACCGAAUCCAAAUCUAUAUCUCUGAUAUCCCAAGUCUAUCAAAGCAAAUCCAUCGCAAUCAAAGUGAACAUCUGCUAUGCCUUGAAUAAUCUAUUGGAUCCCAAUAAGCAACAGUUCGAAAAGAUGCUGCAAAUCCUUUGCAUCUAUGUUUGUGACCAAAGCCAAGAAGUGAGACAAGUCGCCAAAGAAGGAUUGCUUAGUUUAAUGAGUUAAAUCGAUAAAAGGGAACUAGAAUCCCUGAUUAUCAAAUUGGCACCUGAUGGAGAAUGCAAGCGUAUAAUGACAAUCAUAAACGGUGAAUCUACCACCACUUCAGAAUUUAGAAAAUUUGGUGCUACAUUAAUAGAAGGAAGCCAGAACUACUGA